GGCUGGCAUUCGCGCCAACGCAUACAUGGAUUAUCACAUUACCACUUUAUCGCAAGCUGUAGGAGGGUCGCGUCGGCAUCAUGGAUGUCAAUUUCAGAUGGCUCUCCGUCUCCUAAUCUCUCAUGCGGCUCUGCGCGUCCAGUCAUUCGGCACACAUAAGUAGUCAUCAUACUUGUGUAGUCUGAGUCGCUGCGCUUUCGGUGACAUGUUGCACCAAUUACGACAUGUUGGAUCCAAACGCACCCCAGCCAGAAUGGAACCACCAAUUCCAAAGGUAUCUUCACCUACACUUCAACAUCAGUUAUCAGCGUUGGUUCUGGAAUCACUAUGACGGGCAAAACUGGGUGUUCUUUGACUGGGUCCCGCUGGAAAUUGCGCCCCCUGUCCCGCAACCCCAACUCAUCGUCAACCAGACCCUUCCAGCUCCUUCACAUCACCGCUUCGACUCUGCAGCCGGGCCAGCCGGCACUCGCGAAGGUACAACAGUCUUUGGUUCUUACGACGGAAGAAAUGCAUUGCCCACCAGUCAUUAUGAAUCCCUCGAUCCUUCAUUUUACGUCAGAGAUUCGACCUUCUUCAUCGAAGGAAGGGUCUUCUCAAUACUCUUUAGUGAAGCAGCAGGUGCAAACGCAGUUGUUGCACUGAGAAACAUCAACAACGUGACCGAUUACAAUAGCUCUAUCUCCAUGGUGAAGUACCGUGAACUGGUACACACACAAGUGCGGAGGUUUAUUGUGGUCAAACGCAAAAGAGAAUUUUGUUUCGCUGUACCCAUUUUCACCUACCAGGGUCAAGGCACGAAGAAGCAAGGUGUCUCUCCAACUGAGCACGCUAUCGCUUUCUCGCAUGGAUAUGCUGAUCAAUUACUGCCGGGCGAGGCGCCCCUCACUAAACAUCCUAUCUGUAUCGUCAUGAACAACGGCGAAAGGCGUCUCGCGAUCGCGUCGAGAAUCUACUUUGGGAUCCAUCAUCCGAUCCAAUAUAACGUCAAGGUCAAAGACCUUGGUGUGGUACACCAAGACUGGUUGGCAACCUUUCUUGGCUAUUGGAACAUGGAGAACCUCGCCGAUACUCAGCAAUCUAACGAAAUCACCAACGAGGCCGCCCAAGGUGAAGGUUUUUGACUUGGUGCCUUUCUCUCUUUAACUCAACC